GGCGUGGCCCCAUUUAAAGGGGUCAACCAUCUCUAUAAAAUAACCGGCCCCCCACCAUCUUACCCAGCCGGUAAUCAACUUUAACACUUCUUCGAGUCUGAGAGUGAAACCAAGAAAAAAAAAAAACUGAGUUAAUAUGGCGGUCCAAAUUCCGAGUCGGCAGUUACUCAUCGACGGGGAGUGGAGAGAGCCCGUUCUCAAGAAGCGAAUCCCAAUUAUCAACCCUGCCACUGAACAGAUCAUCGGUGAUAUUCCAGCAGCUACGGCUGAAGAUGUGGAGCUUGCGGUGGCUGCUGCUCGGAGAGCUCUAUCUAGAAACAAAGGGAAGGACUGGGCUUCAGCUUCUGGCGCUGUUCGUGCUAAGUAUUUACGUGCCAUCGCUGCUAAGAUAACGGAGAAAAAAUCUGAAUUAGCAAAGCUUGAAGCAAUUGAUUGUGGGAAACCACUUGAUGAAGCAGCUUGGGACAUUGAUGAUGUUGCUGGAUGUUUUGAGUACUAUGCAGACCUUGCUGAAGGUUUAGAUGCAAAGCAAAAGGCUCCUGUCUCGCUUCCAAUGGAGACAUUUAGGAGUUUUGUGCUUAAGGAACCAAUUGGGGUUGUUGGAUUGAUUACUCCGUGGAAUUACCCGCUAUUGAUGGCUGCAUGGAAAGUUGCUCCUGCCUUGGCUGCAGGUUGUGCUGCAAUACUGAAGCCUUCCGAGUUAGCAUCUAUCACCUGUUUGGAGCUGGCUGAAGUGUGUAGGGAGGUCAGUCUUCCUCCUGGUGUCCUGAACAUUCUGACUGGACUUGGCCCUGAAGCUGGUGCUCCUUUGGCAUCUCAUCCGAAUGUUGACAAGAUUGCCUUUACCGGAAGCACUGCAACAGGGAGCAGGAUAAUGUCAGCAGCAGCUCAAAUUGUCAAGCCUGUUUCUUUAGAGCUUGGAGGGAAAAGCCCAAUCAUUGUGUUUGAGGAUGUUGACCUUGACAAGGCUGCCGAAUGGACUGCAUUUGGUUGCUUCUGGACAAACGGACAGAUCUGCAGUGCAACAUCCCGUCUUAUUGUACAUGAAAGCAUUGCAAAAGAAUUUCUGCACAGGCUUGUAAAAUGGACUAAAACCAUUAAGAUUUCAGAUCCCUUGGAAGAAGGUUGCAGGCUUGGCCCCGUUGUUAGCGGAGGGCAGUAUGAGAAAGUAUUGAAAUUCAUCUCAACUGCUGAGAAUGAGGGUGCUACUAUUUUGUGUGGUGGAGUUCGUCCUAAGCAUUUAAAGAAGGGUUUUUUUGUUGAACCAACUAUAAUAUCUGAUGUGACAACCUCCAUGCAAAUCUGGAGAGAAGAAGUUUUUGGACCCGUUCUUUGUGUUAAAAUAUUUAGUACGGAAGAGGAAGCCCUUGAAUUGGCAAAUGACACCCAAUAUGGGUUGGGUGGUGCUGUGAUAUCAAAUGACCUGGAAAGAUGUGAUCGAGUAAGCAAGGCUCUUCAAGCGGGCAUUGUGUGGAUCAAUUGUUCACAGCCAUGCUUCUGUCAAGCUCCAUGGGGAGGCAACAAACGCAGUGGUUUUGGGCGUGAACUAGGGGAAUGGGGUCUCGACAAUUACCUGAGCGUGAAGCAGGUCACACGGUAUGUCUCCAAUGAACCAUGGGGAUGGUAUCGCACUCCAUCAAAGCUGUGAGAAUUCUCCUUGAUACAGAGAAAUAAAAUAAACCAUUGCAGAUGUACCGAAAGAGCGGAAAAAGAAGAAAUAAAACAAGAGUGAAGUAUUGAAAUAAUGAAAUUUUGACCGCACUCACCUAACUAGGAUAAGGUGGGAUCGUGGUCUGAUCCCAAAUCUUUGCCGCUUACACUCCAUGGACUGCUCAUUGUCAAGAUUUUCUUAUUACUAUUUAUGUGGUGAUUUCAUCUUAGAAAAAGAUAUUUAACAGUAAUAGGUUACUACUUUUCUUCAAAUAAUGUUACUAAGGUUGUGUUUUGAUUUCAUUGCUCUCACUGUACGAUCCAAGUCUUUUUCCACCAAUUGCAUAAUGGUUUAGUCGAGGGCUUUCAAUUGCAUUGUG